GCCAUGGCUGGCCCUAAGCGAGGGAUAAAUAUGCUUUCCACUGCUCUAGUGGAAUUUGACAUGAGGAUCAAGGUAGGCAAGGAAGAAAGGCAUGACUGCCAGCUGAUCGAUGGUGUAUCAGACCUAGACGACCUGUGGAGCCCAUGGGAUUGUGCACUCAAAUAUCGCAUCGAUGGUGACUGUGGCACAGUUGAUUUAACCGUAUCACGUAUUGAUCGUGCAGUCAUGGCGAAUGUAGAAGUUGUCGUGUCAGAAGUGCGGAGCAGUUUUGAUCUGUGCUUCCAUUGUUUUAUCGGUGGUUAUGACGAAGAAAUUCGGCUCUUCAAUGGUACAAUUGGCGAGUCGCGUCAUUUAACGAGGUCUGUGGUUGCUGUAGUGGAUGGUUCCACUGUGGAUUUGAAGUUCGAGGUUGCCUCGGAGCCAUCCGAUUCAGCGGAGCACUACUACUCCUUCAAGGCGGGCAUGCAUGGGCUUGAUACUCGAGAGAUGAAGACUGAAUUCGGGUUGAUCUCAGUGAAGGUGACUUGGUCGACUCUGCUCUCCAUCUAGUAGGCUUAUUGCAGCGCUUGAAUGAAGUUUGUCGAAAAGUUGUGUUUGAGGAAUGGGCCAAGAGCCGGUCAACAGUCUAGAGUGAAUUGUACGUGGACACUG